AUGGCUACUUCAGACACUGUCGCGGUUCGCAGAAAGCGCAUAAUGGUUGCGAUGGAUGAAACACGUGGCUCGCGAACCGCGUUACGGUGGACCAUAGGCCACGUGGCUUCAGAGGGCGAAGACACCGUGCUGCUGCUGUGCGUACAGGACCCGUCCGUGCAGCCAGUGGCUGUGACUCCUCAGCUCCUCGACAGCCUCAUGGAGCGCUCACGGCAGAUGUGCCAGGAGACGGACAAGCAGGUGCAGUGCGAGGGAGCGUUUGCGGAAGGCGAUGUGCGGGAGAAGAUUGUGUCUAUAUGCGCGGACAGGGAUGUGGACCUCCUUGUGCUCGGUAGCCGCCGCCAACUCUCCUCCCACCGCAUGUUGACAGGCAGCCGGGGCAACUACUGUGCAGUGUGUGCGCCGUGCCCGGUGCUGGUGGUGCGCAUGGCGCCAGAGGAGGAGCAGAUGCGCCUGCAGUGCAACCGCCCGCGCCGCAUCGCGGUAGGGCUGGACAGGAGUGAGGCGAGUGGCGAGGCAUGCAAGUGGGUGCUGCACCACGUGUGCCGCACAGAGGACCGCCUCUACCUGCUGCAUGCCGACCGAGAACCCAGCUAUGCCAUGCAAGACCGCAUGCUAGCAGCUGAUGGGAAAAAGACAAAUGACAUGGUGAUGCGGCCCCACUUUGACGCUCUCAUCUCCCUCGCGUUGCAAACAAAGGGGGCAUCGUUCGAAGUUUCCACUCAUGUGCUUGAGGGCGAUCCUCGCCCGUUACUGUGCUACCCUUUACCGGCUCUUGCGCGUGUGUAUUCUCCGUAUUCGGGCUUCAACUGCUUAUCUCGCAACGAGCUUCUUCGAAUGGCCGGAUCUGCGAUGGUGGUAGAGAACCCCGUCUUUUCUUCGGCUAACCUCUUCAAGCCUAAGAUUCACCCAGAUACGUACGAACCUGGAAGCGUGUUCGACGACUCAUUUCACACGCCUACCUCGAAUCCGGCCAAGAAUGGCGUCAACAUCGCACGGAAGAUGCUCGUCACGAAAUGGGGUCUUCCCUGGGGGUCUGGCAACUCAGACGCAAAACGCAUGGAUCUCGACACGGGUGGCGGUCAGGUUCAUCAGCAAAAUGACGUGCGCGGAUUUGACGGAGAAACGCGUACAAUGGACAAUCCCAUUUUCAUGGCGCCAAGCUUCUUGGCCGACGCCGGAAGCAUCCGUGUUCUGCAGUCGCAGGCGUCGCUUGCUUCGACUGGACGCGCGGGAAUGAUAGACGGCGAGAUUCAGCGGCUCAUUCGGGAUAAGCGGCUGGAGGAUCCCUUUUACGUGAUGGACAUUGGGGAAAUCGUCCGUCUGUUUACGGGAUGGACGAACUCCUUUCCCCGGGUCCAUCCGUUCUACGCGGUGAAGUGCAACCCGUCGCCGCUGCUCCUCUCUGUGCUUGCAUCCUUAGGAGCGGGAUUCGACUGCGCGAGCAAGGCCGAGAUUUCUCAGGUUCUGAGCAUGGGUGUGUCGCCUGACAAUAUCAUCUUCGCCAACCCCUGCAAGAUGCCGUCACACGUCACCUACGCCUCGCGAGUGGGUGUGCGUGCGACGACGUUCGACUCUGAAUCCGAGCUUGUCAAGGUACACGCGUUGAACCCGUCUGCGGUGGUGCUGCUCCGUCUGCAAGCCAACGACUCCACGGCUCGCUGCAACCUCGGCGUCAAGUACGGCGCGCUCAUGCACGAGGUGCCUUCUCUCCUCGCCGUCGCGGCCCGCCUCAAGCUCCACGUAGCGGGAGUAUCGUUCCACGUCGGUAGCGGCGCGGCUGAUCCCGCUGCAUUCACCCGCGCCAUAGCUGCAGCGCGCGACGUGUUCGACAUGGCUGCUGACGUGGCACGAGCGGCCGGCACGCCUGCCAUGUCGGUUCUCGACGUGGGCGGCGGGUUUACGGCGCCUGGGACGGGUUGCUCUGGCGGCAUGGCUUUCGACGCUGCGGCCAAUGCGAUCAACUCGGCGCUUGACCGCUUCUUCCCGGAAGCCAGCGGCGUGACGGUGAUCGCGGAGCCUGGCAGGUACUUUGCUGAGACGCCCUCGACGCUCGCGACUUGCGUCUUCGGCCGUCGGGUACGCGGCGAGCGGCGCGAGUACUGGAUCAACGACGGGCUGUACGGCUCGAUGAACUGCGCGCUCUAUGACCACGCGACUGUGCGCGCGCACCCGCUUGCGCGCGCGUCCGCCGCUUAUGACGGGUCUUCCGCCAACAACGAAUUUGAUGGCGGAAGAUUUGAGGUUAUUGACGUGAGCGGCGGCGGCGGUACGGAUGACAAGGCGGAAGAUGGCGAGGGCUUGCCUCCGGAGGCGGAGUGCGGGGGAAAGCGCAGGAAGGGCGGCGGAGGCGCGGGAGCUUUGCGCGGGGCGAGCGGAGCGUCCUUCCCGUCGACGGUGUUCGGUCCCACGUGCGACGGGCUGGAUAUGGUUCUGCGCGACGAGGCGCUGCCUGAGCUGGCGAUCGGUGAUUGGCUGGUGUUUCCAAACAUGGGCGCGUACACUGCGGCGGCUGGGUCCAGCUUUAACGGGUUCGCGACCGGGGAGAUUAAGACGUAUUUGGUGUACACCGUGGAAGGAGAGGAGGAGCACGGCGGCAAGGCGGGCCUGGCGGCUGCAGGGAUCAACGGCGGAAGUGGAAGCGGAAGCGGAACGUUUGAGGGGAUGAGCAUGUGCGAGAUGCUGGGAGGGGAUGGCGGUGGCAUGGGGGAGGCAGCGGGAGAGGCGGGGAUGUACCUGACGCGGUCGGCGUCAGAGGAGAUGCUGCACACGCCGCGGAGCUCUGGCGGAGGCAGCAGCGACCGCGGGAGUCUGGGCGGCGUGUGCGACGCGGCUGGCAGUGAGAGCAUCUGA